GAAACAGGGUCAGAGUGAGAGCCAGAUGCAAGCCAAAAUGAUGGAAGAACAGAAAAGCCCUGAGUAAGCACAGAGAGUUGGUCCACAGAGACAAUGGAUCAACCGCACAGAGAGCAGUGCAGCCGGGAGAAUAUGCAGCCCCAGAGGGAGAGGUGGAGAGAGAGAGCAACCGUCUGAGAGGCUGAUGGCUUCCCCGUUUCUGACUCCAGCCCCAGUGCAUCCUGCCUGCGCGUUCUUCCCGGUGUUCAAGAAGGCGAGCCCGAAUGGAAAGCUCACCGUCUAUCUGGGAAAGCGGGACUUUGUGGACCAUAUUGACCUCGUGGACCCUGUGGAUGGUGUGGUCCUAGUGGAUCCUGAGUAUCUCAAGGAGAGGAGAGUCUAUGUGACACUGACCUGCGCGUUCCGCUAUGGCCGGGAGGACCUGGAUGUCCUGGGCCUGACCUUUCGCAAGGACCUGUUUGUGGCCAAUGUGCAGUCCUUCCCACCGGCCCCCGAGGACAAGAAGCCCCUGACGCGGCUGCAGGAGCGCCUCAUCAAGAAGCUGGGCGAGCACGCCUACCCUUUCACCUUUGAGAUCCCGCCGAACCUUCCAUGCUCUGUGACAUUGCAGCCGGGGCCUGAGGACACAGGGAAGGCCUGUGGUGUGGACUAUGAAGUCAAAGCCUUCUGUGCGGAGAACCUGGAGGAGAAGAUCCACAAACGGAAUUCUGUGCGCCUGGUUAUCAGGAAGGUUCAGUAUGCCCCGGAAAGGCCUGGCCCCCAGCCCACAGCCGAGACUACCAGGCAGUUCCUCAUGUCGGACAAGCCCUUGCAUCUAGAGGCCUCCCUGGAUAAGGAGAUCUAUUACCACGGAGAACCCAUCAGCGUCAAUGUUCACGUCACCAACAACACCAACAAGACGGUGAAGAAGAUCAAGAUCUCGGUGCGCCAGUACGCGGACAUUUGCCUUUUCAACACAGCCCAGUACAAGUGUCCCGUGGCCAUGGAAGAGGCUGAUGACACGGUGGCACCCAGCUCAACAUUCUGCAAGGUCUACACACUGACCCCGUUCUUGGCCAACAAUCGAGAGAAGCGGGGACUUGCCCUGGACGGGAAGCUCAAGCAUGAAGACACGAAUCUGGCCUCUAGCACUCUGUUAAGGGAAGGAGCAAACAGAGAGAUCCUGGGCAUCAUUGUUUCCUACAAAGUGAAAGUGAAGCUGGUGGUAUCCCGGGGCGGACUGUUGGGAGAUCUUGCAUCCAGUGACGUGGCUGUGGAACUGCCCUUCACCCUAAUGCACCCCAAGCCCAAAGAGGAACCCCCACAUCGGGAAGUUCCAGAGAACGAGGCACCAGUAGAUACCAAUCUCAUAGAACUUGACACAAACGAUGAUGACAUUGUGUUUGAGGACUUUGCCCGUCAGAGACUGAAAGGCAUGAAGGACGAGAAAGAGGAGGAGGAAGACGGCACCGGCUCUCCACAGCUCAACGACCGAUAGGCGGGCUGGCCCUCCCCUGGGGCCGCGCCAGGUCCUCUCCUGCACUGGGCUGCCUGUUCGCCUUCUUCCCAUUCUGGUGCCCCUCCCCUUUGUUCUUCCAGUUUCUACCAGGGGCCCAGUGGUCUUCCAGGUCAUGGUGAUGAACCUCUGGCCUCAGAAUGGGCCUCAUCACCAUGCCAACAGAGCCACAUGCACGACCUUCAUCCCUCUACCACUUCCCCUCUUUUCCUGCUGACCCCCAGAAAGGCCACCAUGGCUCUGGCCUUGGAAUUUGACUUGGGAUGGGGAGCAGAGAAGGGAGGAUGGGGCAUGAAGGACUUGGAGGGGUGGGGAUGAGGGCUCAAGACGCGUGAGAGGAUGUCCACUGUCCCAGGCGGUUAAUACAGUCUGGCAGCUACAGGAUGACCACACUGAAGGCCGCCCCCUUCCGGCUGGCUGGGCAGACGGGGCUAGAUUCCCAACGCCUUUUUGCAGUUCUGACCCACCAAACGCCUCUCCCCUUCCACCCUGUCCCUGCCCCUGUGUCUGACAGUGCCAUUGGCGUAGACCCUGGAGUGGAGACAGCAACAGGACUGACUUUCUUACCAGCAGUUACCUAGUCUAAGGCAAACUGUGGACUAGCUCAAGCCUAUUUCAGUAUUGUCAGAUGUAACAUCCUAGCUACCUUGUAUCUUAUGCGUGUGUCCUAUCUGUAAAUAUGCAGAGAGAGAGAGAGAGAAAGAGAAGGGAGGGGUCUUCAGAAAGUUCCAAUCCCUGAAGAGUGAGCCAAAGCUCCUGAGGUUUUGUGAAGGGUGGCUCUGAGAGAUGCGGGCAGGGGUGGGAAGCUGAGAAUCUGCCCUGUUCCCUUCCGUUGUGGACUUAAGAGCAAUCAGUGAUCCCACGGGAAGUAAGGCUAGAGGUUCGGAGAGGGCUGGGGCCACCGGUAUCCUCCUGCCUCCCCUUGCAGUUCUCCAGGUCUGGGCUGGGCUGGCCCUGCAGGCUGGGAGAGAGUGCCAGAGGCCACUGUACCCACAGUCUAAGGGGGGCGUCCUUCCCUAAAGGGUGGCAGGGUCCCUCGAGAUGCCUUCACCUAAAAGGAAGGGGGUUGGUGGGCAGCAAGAAGCCCUUUGUUUCCUUGGGGAGUUGAUGACUCCCUCCAAUAAUUUCCAGCAUCUUGGGGACCCAGUACCCAUUUGCUGCUGUUGGUAUAAUUGGGACUUGGGGUGUUUCCAGGGCAACAGGACAGGCAGAUGAUGAGGCAGAAAGUGUUCAAAGGUAUCCGUUCUACAAUGGCCUUUGGUGCUCACUUACUGUGUGACCUUGGGCAAGUCCCUUUCCCUCUCUCAGCCUCAAUUCUUCACCUAGAAAACCAAGGGGUUUGACCAGAUGAUCACAAAGGGCCCUCCAGCUCUGGCCUCUAAGAGUUUGUAAACAUUAACACUUCAUCGGACCUCAGAGGUGGCAGGGCUAUAGAGAGCUUCUACGCCCAACCCCAGGCCUGGGAAGGGCCCUUCUUGGGUCUCUGGAGAGUUGCCUGAUGUUAAGAUGUGGCCAGAGCUAACAUGAGCUGCUGGCCCCCGGGGCCUGAGUAUUACAAAAGGACAGAGCUUAUAUUUGCUGAGGCUUGGGGUGGGGGAGGCUUGUGAUAGGGCCUCAGGAGGUGACAGUCCCCUGUGGAUGCUGACCCCUCAGGUUUACCUUAAGCACAAGCAAAUAUAUUGAUUUGUAGGACAAGAGACUCUCUCCUCAAUUCCCGCUCCCUCCUACAAGUAGUACCUUGGUUUUCUAACGUCUCUGUUGACGAACAUUUUGGUUUACGAACCCCAUAAACCCGGAAGUAAAUGCUUUGGUUUUCGAACACGCCUUGGAAUUCAAACAUGUCACGCGGCUUCUGCUGAGUGCAAGAUCCUGAGGCCUAGCUGUCGGCUGUUUCCCAACGUUUCAGAACUCGGUCUUCCGGAACAGAUUACGUUCGAAACCCGAGGUACCACUGUAUCUCUAUCUCAUACUUGUCUGAAACGGAGACAACAAAAUUUUAUUAUACAAGUUAAAUUUCAACCCUUUUCAGUCCAGCCCUACCUGGGGUGGACUAGGCACCCAUUUUCCAUGGUGAGAGUACCCAGUUCCCAUGCUCGGCACUGCACCCCAGCCCUUCCCUUCUGAAUCUCACGAAGACUCAAUCUGAGGGAUCCCUACCCCAGGUUAGAACCAAGUCAGCUCGGGAGAGUCGCACUCUCCUGGCUACCGUGGGGUCCUAGCUGCAGGUGUUCAGGCGUCCAACCCCUGAUAGAACUUGCUGGGCCGUUUGCACCUCAUCAGGCAACUGUAAAGCUGAUGAAAUGCUGGAAUAACGCACCAGGCAUACGGUCUCCAUUGUCUUCCUCUGGAACCUUUGGGGCUCAUACAAAACCCUUUAGGAUUUGGGAUGAUCACUCCCCUACAAUCCCCUGGCCCUCAUCCCUAACCUGUGCACACAAAAGACUUGUCAGGCUGGUUUCUUGAGCUUCUGCACCCUUAAUAUCUCUCUCACACUUUUGGGUUUAUCCUAGUGUUUACCUGAAAUUUCUCCAGCUCUAGAAAGCGUCAUAUCCCCGUCUAGCCUUUUAUUCUUUGGGCGCAGGACUGCAGAAGGGCAGAGGUCAAGUUCAUUUGAAUUUGGCUGAUAACCAGAGUCACAGAGAUGGGUCAGUCCUAGCCCCUGUUCUCAGGAAGCUCAAGGUCAGGGGAAAGUGAUGGGGGAGGGUGGGGGGAACGGGGCCAUCAAUUCAGGGAUCCGUGGCUGCUGCUAGCCCAUAUAGUGCCUUGAUGUGGAUUAGAAACGGUGUCUUCCAGGUGGACACAGCAGAAAGUACAGCUUGUGAAUCGUGCACAGGCUGGGGAUUAGCCCCACUUAUCCUGCCUGCAUAGCCAUGUGCUGGAGGCCAGGGAACUCGCAGGCCCGAGCGUGUCCUCUGGCCUCUUCCUAAGAGAAAGGCCCAGAUCAGCUUCCCAAGCUUCUGGUUGGCUCCAGACCCCACUCCCCUUGCAGACCCCAAACAUGACUGAGUCCUUCUCUGCAGGGCCCCUCUCCAUCUGGAGUUGUGUGAGACCCUGGGAGUUGGGGAGCCCCACGGCCCCAGGCACCAGCCCGUAGUGCCAGUUCUUUCUGUGCACACAUUUGGGGCCUGUGCUGACCAUGCAGCGCCACACGGGGACUUCCCAGGGGGCCAGGAGGGUGGCAUGUAAGUAGCAGUAUGGUCCUGAGGGAAAAGCCCCAGGCAGAGGGACAGCUAGACUCCUCAACAUUCCAACUAGGAGAAGAGUUUAGUGUCCGAGCAGCUAAGGACUGGGUUAUUUCGCUGGACUUCACGUGCCUCCUCAGCCUCAGAGCCCAGGCAGGCGAGAGUGGGCUCACUUGGGGUGUUGGUUCAAUUGGGGGAGCCGCUGGCAAGUUGGUUCCCAUGUGGUGCAGCGAAAAGCACACUGGCCUGGAAGUCCACAAUGCUUCCCAGUCCUGGUUGUCCCCAACCAGCUGACGGGUUUUGAGCAAGUCACUCAACCUCUUGGGCUUGUUUCUCUGACUGUAAAAUGGGACAGUAAUCCCUUCCCUGCCUAACUCAAGGAUUUGUGAGUCUCAGACGGGUGAAAGUCAGUCGAGAUGAAAGUCAGCCCUGUAAAUUGCAAAUGGCUGCACAGGCCAUGGCCCUGCCACCUCGCGGGGGUGGCCAGGAUCACAGGGAUUUGCCGAGGACUGAGCCCUCCUUCCACAGGUCCUCAUUUCUUGCCUGCUUCUCAGGUAGGUAGGUAUCGACCAGAAUGAGAUGCGUCCAGUUAGGCUUUGGUGACCCAGCUGAGACGGAAAUUGAGACACUAGGUGGGAAUGCCAUGCCCAUGGAUAGUGGUCCCAGCGACCAGGACGGAGACAAAAUAUGGAUCUUGUUAGUGGCUGGGACAGGGAGCAUCUUGGAGCCUCCCAGGCGUGCGGUCACCCACAUUGUCCAUUUCAGGCCCCGCAGAGGCCAGGAAGCCUCGACUCUGGCCCCAGGUUAGGGAGAGCCCCCAGUCCCUGAAUCAUUGCUCCAUCAGAGAACCCCAACGGUGAGGUGGGAUAGAAAUUGCCUGCCCCCCUCCCUUCAAAGUACAAGGCCCCCUUCAGGAUCAACUGCGGCUGCCAAUGUUUCCUAAUGACACUCAGGAGCUCUUUGGGCUUGGGGAGAACCCAGGCCUCAUGCUGAGACUUGGGCCCCAGCUGACCCGUCCCCUGGGAGUUUCGUUAGCCCACAAAGGCAGCUUCCCUCCUGCCAGUGACUGAGGACUGGACAUUCUCCGCUCAGCCCAGAGGAAGGCAUUAGGCCCCAAUCUUGAGUUCCUACAGGAUUUCACGGACAGAAGCCUAUACUUGUUCUGAUACUCUUUACAGUCAGCAAGGACCAAAACAGACCCGUCCCCACGCCUCGUGUAUAAGCUGCCGGGGGUCUGUGUUUUGUCAUCUUCGUGCAGGCAGCUCCGUCACUUUGUCCUCCCUCCAGGAUGGAAAUGGCCUCCCUGCUGGGGCGGGAUCAGCACCUCCCAGGCCCUCUGGCUGCAUCACUGCGCUGUGGCUUCAAAGAGAGCCCUGUGGAAGGACUGUCACUCCCCCCAUCACUCUUUCCCAACUCCGCUCCAAAAGGGAAGUCAAAGCACAGGUCCCCAGGACCCAUGACCUGCAGACACGCUGACACAGUGGUUUUCCAACCGGGUGCUGUGGAACCCUUGGAGUUACACAGAGUUUUGUCAGGGGCUGCUGAGGUGGGAAGAGGGGGGUGGAGGCAGAGGCUAGGUCUCCAGCCCUCCCCCCAUUCCCACUUCCACCGGGACAGCUCUGCUUUUUUCUAUCUUGCCUAUUAAGGUUUUAUCUUCAAACUUUCUUUUGAAGAAAAAAAUUCUUCAAACCGCCAUUCUGAGGUUUGAUCUUAGACCAGCAAGCACAUGUUCCACUCUUGCUUUUCAUGUUGGAAUGGCUCUCGCAUUCCAAUACAAAGUAUCUUUGUUACAAACACACACACUCACAUCUGAUGAUUUUUUAGCUCCCCACCCUGAAGCUGUGGCCCACAUUUGAUUUGGGCAGAGGCCUGGUGCUCAGUGAGGGUGAGUCUUGACACUGAUACUGGCCCGUGAAGAGUGGGGACCGUGGAGCAAGGAAGCAGGCCUAGCCCUCACCCCAGAACUUGUGUCUGCACCCCAGUGUGACCCUCAACUCUCCUGGCCCAGGACCAUGGGAUGACAGAAGGAACAGUGUGAUGGGAGAAGGAGAAACUAGAGUCAGAUUCCUCUUUAUAUCACAACCAGAUAGAUGGAAGUCCAGGUUUCAUAAAAGAAAUACCGAGGCAGGACUUAAUGACAAAAGCCCCGUCUGUGAGGGCAGGGUCUGUCCAGAGACCUUUUAGGCAGUAAGUUGCCCUCUGGCAAUUCUAAUAGGGUUCCACGGCCACACUUGUGGACAACCAAACAUGUAGGCCACAGGAGAGUGCCUGGAAGAGAGGCUGGUCCCCCACCUGCAAUCUCCAGAAUUCUCUCCCUGCCAGCCUGCCUUCUGCCCAGGCCCCUCACCUGGCUCACGAAGGGGUGGGCACUUUGAUGAGACCUGGACCUGUUGUUGGCACAGAAUCCUGCAUGCCCCACCGUCGCCCCGCAGGGCAUUCUAGAUGAAGAUGUGAGACUUAGGGCCCUGGGAACCCACUGACCUCAGUUUCUCCAUGUGUAAGACGGGGCUAGUGCCAGACUCUGCCCACCUCACAGGGAUUACUGCAAGGGUCAUAGGAGGGGUGGGUAUGAAAGGUGGUGUCAUGUGAGAGGCGGGAGCCUCACAAACUCGGGGUGUGGUCAUGGCCUGCACUGCACAGCAGCAGAGCACUUGGGAACAAGUACAGGAUGCACCGUCUGUCUUACAUCUGUGCUCAGUGCUAAGGUCCAGACACAGACACUGUGGCGGGGCGCUGCCUCUUCCUACUCCAUGGGAGCCAGCUCUCAGCCUGACACAGUGACCGUGUGUGGGUCCUGGGCACGGCGAGUGACAGGUAGCUGGAACUGCGUCUCCAGGUCUGUGGACCCUUCUGUUCAGUGAUGAUUUUGUGACACCCUCAUUCCUGGGCCACCUACCAGGUUUAUUUGUUGUACCUGUGGCAUUCCUUAUUAUGUCAGAUAAGUUAUUACAGUUUAUUCAACAGGACAAGUGAACAAAAGAACCAUAAAUAGGAGACCAUUAAAGGUUCUUUG